GCCGUCGGCAAUUGUAAUACCUGCAGUAUAUUCUAAAGUUAUAGUUUAAUAAUAUUCAUGAAGAAUACCUUUUUAAAAAGUGUUUUUAUUUAAGGGAACUUCUGUGCUUUUUUUUAAGUGAAAUAUUACAAAGCUUAAUAUUGCUUUUAAAGUGCUUAUUCCAGACCGGUCUAUACGUACUUAAAAACUACUAUCGUUGUUAUAUUUUGUAGAAUGUAGUUUCGAAGAAGGCGUCUUCUCGUGUUAUCUGAGUGGUUUACCUAGAUACUAGGAUCAUUAUGGCUGGCACUGAAGAUGAAGUGUUGAGAGAAGCAUUUAUGGUUAAGAGGUCUCAAAACAAGAAAAUAUUCACUCCAGUGAACUACAAAGAACGAUGGUUUGUCCUCACUCGUCAAGUGCUCAUUUACUAUGACUCAGAUGGCCCAAAACGGAAAGAACGUGGUCGCAUCUCAACAUAUAUGAUACACACAGUGGAACAGGCGCAGCUUGGAGAACUCAGCAAGCAAGUUCCGGAAGGUGAUAACGAGAAAUCGCCUGGAUACAGGUAUCCCUUUCAGGUGGGUUACACGGAGCAGAAUUCCGACUAUACACUGUACCUGGCUGCCCGCGAGCAUUCUGAGCGUUUGAGCUGGAUACAUGAUAUUAGAACUGUGUGUAUAUCGAACACACGGCGUGCCCGAUAUCACCCAGCUGUCUGGUCUGCUCGUCGCUGGUCGUGCUGUGACGCGGAGCGCCGGUCUGCCCCGGGCUGCGCCCUCACAGCGGUUUGGCCGCUACCAGAGCCCGAUUUGCAAUUGAUAUUGCACGAACCAAGUAGUCUUACUCCAUCGGUCACGGCGGCUGUCACGAUGCCCGGAGGAGGAAGUGGACCUCCAGGGACGCCAUCAGCUAAACCCAAAGAAAAGCGGACCAAAGUCGUCGUAGCGUUGUACCCCUUCAAGGCGAUUGAAACUGGUGAUCUCUCUUUGGAAAAGGGUGCAGAAUAUGAAGUGAUAGACGAUUCGCAAGAGCAUUGGUGGAAAGUGAAAGAUGAAAAUGGAUCCGUUGGAUAUAUUCCUAGUAAUUAUGUUAAGGAAAAGGAAACGAUAGGAUUGCAAAAAUACGAAUGGUACGUUGGUGAAAUGUCGCGACAGCGAGCUGAAUCUCUCCUCAAGCAAGAAGAUAAGGAAGGAUGUUUUGUUGUACGCAACUCUUCUACCAAGGGAAUGUACACGCUUUCAUUAUAUACCAAAGUCACUCACCCCCAAACCAAACAUUACCACAUAAAGCACAACGGGCGGGGCGAAUUCUACCUCUCGGAUAAGCAUUGCUGUCCAACAAUUCCCGACCUGAUCAACUACCACAGGCAUAAUAGUGGCGGACUCUGUUCGCGACUCAAGGCCACGCCCUGCGAUCGCCCUGCCCCGCCCACGGCUGGACUAUCGCACGAUAAAUGGGAGAUAGAUCCGUCGGAAUUAGUAUUAUUAGAAGAAUUGGGGGCGGGUCAAUUCGGCGUUGUACGUCGCGGUAAGUGGCGUGGACGAAUUGACACUGCUGUCAAGAUGAUGAAGGAGGGGACGAUGUCUGAAGACGACUUCAUUGAUGAGGCCAAGGUUAUGACCAAACUUCAGCAUCAGAACUUGGUGCAGCUAUACGGUGUGUGUUCAAAGCACAGACCGAUAUACAUAGUAACUGAAUAUAUGCGACAUGGCUCGUUGUUCAACUACCUGCGACGCACAUCUCCAGACCAGCUCGGCCCUGCUGUUCUUCUCGAUAUGUGUAUACAGGUGUGCAAAGGUAUGUCAUACUUAGAGAGACAUAAUUACAUUCAUCGGGAUUUGGCCGCGAGGAAUUGUUUGGUGGGAGAUGAAAAUGUUGUCAAAGUAGCAGAUUUUGGCCUGGCUCGGUAUGUCCUUGAUGACCAGUACACGAGUUCUGGCGGUACCAAGUUCCCAAUAAAAUGGGCACCGCCCGAAGUUCUCAACUACACGAGAUUCUCCUCUAAAUCCGACGUUUGGGCGUUUGGAGUGCUGAUGUGGGAAGUCUUCACGUGCGGCAAAGUGCCGUAUGGACGGAUGAAGAACUCUGAAGUGGUAGAAAUGGUUCAGAGGGGACAAGUGCUGGAGAAACCCAAGGGAUGUUUGAAUGAGAUAUAUAAUGUAAUGCGAGCAUGCUGGCGACACGCGCCAGACGAACGGCCCUCGUUCCGCGUGCUCAAAGAAGAAUUGGCUCAAAUCGCUCACACCGUACUCGCUGAUUGACUGCGUCUUUUGCUCUGUCUGCUGCGUCCCACUCCGCCAGUAUCCCCUGGCAACCCUGGUAUUUCCAACUUCGGUAUACCCGGUAAUCCGGGUAUCUCCAGUAAUCCCGCUAUAAGUGUCGGUAUACCCGGUGUUGCCAGCAAUCCGGGUGUUGCCAGUAAUCCGGUUCUACCCAGCGACCUAAGUAUGCCCGCUAACUUCCUCAUUCCCAGGAUAGCGAGUCCCUUAAUUCCAGCGACUCCCGUCAGUCCUUCGAGCCGACAUCCGCUUACAUUACCACGCACUCGCAGAGUAAACGCAUCGCCUACGUAAGAAUAACUAUUAAGGAAUUGCAGUCAAAUUAACCUUUAGCUAAUAAACUUUUAGUUUAAAGUUAAAAUCUGACGGCGAAAAUAUUUUGAAAGCGCCCAAAGAUGCUCGAUUUUAAUAGAUGCGAAUUUAUAAACAGUGUUAUGAUAUGUCAAAUGUCAUUUACAAUUUUGACAAUUUACUUUUGGAGUACAGUAUUAUAUGAAGCUUCGCGCGCUCGACGUGUUAUCGGAUCUCGUUAUCAAUUUAUUUCUUUAAAUUAUACUGUUGUAUUUACAAUUGAAUCUCAGUAAUAUGAAAAAUCUCGUGGUUUCCACUCUUAAUCUUUGAUGUGAAAAACCAAGUUUUUAUAAAUUGUCAAAUUUGGAUUUGUCAAUCAGAAAUGGUUGACAAUUUAAUCCGACAACAUUCAGAAGGGGGUUCCUUAAAUACGUCACUAAGUGACUGACGAGACUUAGUGCAAACACUGACUCCUGUAUUCCAUAGUUA